GCCGGGGUGGCGGCGCCGCUCUCUGCGCAGCCCGCGGCUCCCGCCGGGCUCGGCGCCGGUUCCGGGCGGGGUCGGCAGCCCCGGGCGGCCCCGCAGCAGCCCGGCCAUGGCGCCCGGCCGUGCGGGCGGUAAGGCGGCCGUGGUGCUGCAGUGCGAGUGGCAGCAGUGCUCCUUCGUGGCCUCGGGCAUGGAGGAGUUCUGCGCGCAUGUGGCGCAGCACCUGCAGCAGCACCUGCCCGGCUCCGGCGGGCCCAGCGCCGACAUGGACCCGCUGGAGGAGUACACGUGCCUGUGGCAGGACUGUGGUUUCUGCUCCCCGGCGAGCUCGGCCGAGCUGGUGCGCCACGUUUACUUCCACUGCUACCACACCAAGCUGAAGCAGUGGGGGCUGAGGGCCCUGCAGGGCCAGGCAGAGCUCAGCCACUGCCAGCUGGACUUCCAGAGCCACAACAUCAUCCCCGAGAUCCAGGAGAGCUUCCUGUGCCUCUGGGAGUACUGCGAGAGGUCGUUUGACAACCCCGAGUGGUUCUACCGGCACGUGGAGGAUCACAGCUUCUGCUCCGAGUACAAGGCAGCGGGGAAGGAGAACCACGUGCUGCUCUGUGGCUGGAAAGACUGCAAGUGCAGCUUCAAGGGCCGCUGCAAGCUGCGGGAGCACCUGCGCAGCCACACGCAGGAGAAGGUGGUGGCCUGUCCCACCUGCGGGGGCAUGUUUGCCAACAACACCAAGUUCUUCGACCACAUCCGCCGCCAGACCGCCCUGGAGCAGCAGAGGUUUCAGUGCUCCCACUGCUCCAAGAGGUUUGCCACCGAGAGGCUGCUCCGCGACCACAUGAGGAACCACGUGAACCACUACAAGUGCCCCCUGUGUGACAUGACCUGCCCGCUGCCCUCCUCGCUGCGCAACCACAUCCGCUUCCGCCACAGCGAGGAGCGCCCCUUCAAGUGUGACUACUGUGACUACAGCUGCAAGAACCUCAUUGACCUGCGGAAGCACCUGGACACGCACAGCAAGGAGCCGGCGUAUCGCUGCGAGUUCGAGGCCUGCAGCUUCUCUGCUCGCUCCCUCUGCUCCAUCAAACUGCACUACAGGAAGGUCCACGAGGGUGACUCCGAGCCCAGGUACAAGUGCCACGUGUGUGACAAGUGCUUCACACGGGGGAACAACCUCACUGUGCACCUCAGGAAGAAGCACCAGUUCAAAUGGCCCUCAGGACAUCCUCGCUUCAGGUACAGGGAGCACGAGGACGGCUACAUGAGGCUGCAGCUGGUGCGCUACGAGAGCGUGGAGCUCACAGAGCAGCUGCUCAAGGACAGGGAGAAGCGUGGGGAGGCUCUGGAUGGCUCCAGCGAGUGCAUGGUGCUGCCUGAGGGCGAGGGCAGCCUGCAGGGCAUCCUUCUGGAGCCUCCAGCAAACCCUGCCCCGGCAGAGAACAGCACAUCUGAGCUGCCUGUGCCCCCUGCCCUGUGCUCUGCUCCCAGCCCUGAGCCAGCACGGCCCAGCCCCUUCCCAGCAGCUGCCUCCUCCUCCUCCUCCUCCUCAGAGCAAGGAGCCAGCAGCAGCAGCAGCCCCAUCAUCCGUGUGGUGAGCAGGACCAACGAGCAGGGCCAGAGUGAGACUGUCUAUUACGUGCUGGCCAGCACAGCCUCGGAGCAGCAGGGCCCAGCAGCCCUGGAGCUGGAGGAGAACGUCAUGGACAGGCUGCAGAAAACAGCUGAGGAGCUGGGCAUCCACAUCCUCUGAGGGGCUGCUGGGCAUCAUCCAGAUCCUCUGAGGGGCUGCUGGGCAUCAUCCACAUCCUCUGAGGGGCUGCUGGGCAUCAUCCAGAUCCUCUGAGGGGCUGCUGGGCAUCAUCCACAUCCUCUGAGGGGCUGCUGGGCAUCCAGAUCCUCUGAGGGGCUGCUGGGCUUGAUCCAGAUGCUGUGAGGGGCUGCUGGGCAUCAUCCAGAUCCUCUGAGGGGCUGCUGGGCAUCAUCCAGAUGCUGUGAGGGGCUGCUGGGCAUCAUCCAGAUGCUGUGAGGGGCUGCUGGGCAUCCAGAUGCUGUGAGGGGCUGCCCCUCUGCAGCACAGUUUCAGCCUCCUGGGAUGUGCUGCUGGUUCUGGUCAGCAUGGGGAGAGGGGAGGGACAUAUCCCCCAGGUGUGAACCAAGUGAUCUGAGCUGGAAGGAGCUGUCUGCCUCCUCCUUUUGGGGAUUGCAGCCUGUCAGGGUUCUCCCACCCUUCUGGGAGGUUUGGCAGGGUGGAGUGCUCACCAGCUGUGCCCUUCUGAGCCUGUUCCCCGGGCAGGAUGGUGUGUGGAGCACACUCUGGUGCUGAAGCCUCUUCCCUGGGAACAUGUGUGGCCCUUGGCAGGCCUGUCCUGCCCCAUCCAUGCCUUCUCCAGGGGUUUCAUGCCUUCAUCAGCACUUCCUGCACACAUUUCCUGUCUCACCUGCUGCUGCUGGUGGUGUUUGCCUCCCUGAUCCCAGAACCAGCCCUUGGCUCUGGGAGGAGGCCAGGGCAGCACUGGGACAUUGGGAGCUUCUUGCUGCUUUUGGCAUCCCCUGGGUGUCCUCCCCACAUUGGGGUUUGGGCUCCUGCUUGGGCAGGGUGUGCUUUGGCAAGGCAAAUAAACAUCAGGCUGCCAGGCCCA